AUGGAGUGUCUCGGGAUCAGCUGCUACCCAAAUAUAUCAAUUUAUUCACCUUCCCAAACUGCAAUGAAGACCGCUCCUCCCACGAGUCCCAUGUAUCCUGAUCUUCAGGAACCUGAUGAAGGAAGGUUAGAGUACCUCCUGGUGGGUCUGCUUCUGGGCCUGGCCAAUCUGGCCAUAAAUGGCUCCAGCAGUGGGCUGUUUGCCUUCCGCGGGGGAAUCAAGUUUAAGAGCUGUGAGGUUUUGCUUCAGCUCCACAAGUACCUGGUGGAGAAAGCUAAAUCAGCCAUUAUCUACUACAAACCCAAUGGCUCACACCAUUACCUGGACUACACACUUUGCAGGGAGAAAGCUGCCACCAAUGAACGUGUGCGUGAAGGUGACGAGAAUGUGGAGCGAGGUAACUGGUCCUCGAAGACUGACUACUUGCUCUCAGUGAUCGGUUCUGCUGUGGGUUUGGGCAAUGUAUGGAGAUUCCCGUACCUGGCCUACAGAAAUGGAGGAGGUGCUUUCCUUAUUCCCUACAUUCUGAUGCUGGCAGUCGCUGGGAUGCCAAUGUUUUUCCUGGAAACUUCCUUUGGGCAGUUUGCCAGCCUUGGACCGGAUGCAGUGUGGAAAGCUGUGCCCAUGUUACAGGGCUUGGGCAUAAAUACCAUUGUACUUGCAGCAUUUGACAACAUUUCCUAUACCUGCGUCCUCGCCUACAGUCUGUACUAUCUGUUUGCAUCCUUCCAAUCACCAUUGCCAUGGGCAGAGUGUUUUAGUUGGUGGGGAGCGGAUGAAACAUGCAGCAGGACUCCCAAAGAUCCAAUCUGCAAUUUCUCUCUGGACAAUGGAUAUUUUGAAAUUGUUAAUAUAACAUGGCUGCAGACAAACAAUGAAACUUGUCGAAAUGGAUCAGAAAUCUCCAUUCUUCACCAGGGUCCGAGUGAGCAAUACUGGGAUAAAGUGGUUUUACGCCGUACAAGUUCAAUCGAUGAAACUGGGGAGAUCGUCUGGUAUUUAGCCCUCUGUCUGUUUCUGGCCUGGCUAAUAAUUGGGGCGGUGUUAUCAAAGGGAAUCAAAUCUUCAGGAAAGGUGGUUUAUUUCACUGCGACAUUACCUUAUGUGAUUCUGACCAUACUCCUGAUCCGAGGGCUAACCCUGGAGGGAGCCUCUAAAGGAAUUGAAUUCUACAUUGGAAUCCAAUCAGACUUCUCCAAACUGGCAGAAGGUCAUGUUUGGAAAGAUGCUGCGAUACAAAUUUUCUUUUCUUUGUCAGUAGGUUCUGGUACUUUAAUAGCACUGUCAUCCUACAACAAAUUCCACAACAACUGUUACCAAGACGCCAUUGUUGUCUGUGUGGUUAAUUGUGGUACAAGUGUGUUUGCUGGAUUUGCCAUCUUCUCUAUCCUUGGACAUAUGGCUCAUAUCCAAGGGAAACCUGUUUCUGAGGUUGCCCAGUCAGGUUUUGGUUUGGCUUUUAUUGCGUAUCCGGAGAUUGCUGCGCAGUUGCCGUGGGCACCUUUAUGGUCCAUUUUAUUUUUCCUCAUGCUGGUCAUUUUGGCAAUCGACACUAUGUUUGCAAGUUUAGAAAAAGUCAUAACAGUUCUGCUGGACAGGUUUCCAAAAUAUCUACGAUCAAAGCGCUUUUGUCUGACAAUUGGCAUUUGUGUGUUGUCUUAUUUGUUUGGUCUUGUGAGUGUAACACAGGCUGGAAUUUACUGGAUACAUUUAAUUGAUUAUUUCUGUGCUGGAUGGGUCCCUAUUAUAGUAACACUGCUGGAACUCAUGGGUGUAAGCUGGCUGUAUGGGACAAACCGAUUCAUCAAGGACAUUGAGAUGAUGAUUGGGGAAAGGACUUGGCUUUUCUGGCUGUGGUGGAGAGUUUGUUGGUUUUUUAUCACUCCGUGUUUGAUGGUGGUUUUCUUGUUCUGGUCCUUGACAACUUUUGUCCCACCAACAUAUGGACCUGUUGAAUACCCUGUCUGGGCAAUAGCACUGGGCUGGUGUAUGACCAUCUUCUGUAUUAUGUGGAUCCCCAUUGUGGCUGCAGUGAGAGUUGUCCAAGCUGAGGGCUCCACAUUGUGGCAGACGAGGCUGGAAGAGGGAUGGAUGAGUGGAGAUGCAGAGGAAUUUGUUCUGACAGUGCUGUGCAGGAGAAUGCUGGGGUGGACAGAAAGUUGGGACUAUCACCUAAGAUAUCUGCAGCUUGUGCAUCAGCCCCAGAUUGGGGUCCGUACUUGGAACAACACAGAGGGGAAAGAUACAGGAAAAGGCCUGAUUCAAGAGACGCUUCUUAUGGGCGAGACUACGUACAAGCUGGAAGACCAGCAUCUUGCUUUCUGCUUGGGAAACUCAAACUUCAGGAUCAAUAUCGAGUUCAAUGAUUUUAGGGCCACGGCACCUUUUCAGUGGGAGGUUGAAUGUACGUUGGCCCGGGACUCGAAACACUGCUGUUCACACAAGCGAUUUUUACAUAAUCUCCAGUACUCCCGGUUGGCUUCAGCUGGUCUCGAGGCCACAGAACACACUAUUGAGCCGUUGCCACUGCCUGUGUCCGUUCUUGACGGCGGUGAAACGGAUGUCGGUAUCUACAAUUCAAUGCAGUACGACUGGUUAGCCAAUGACGGGUACGAUCCCUCGGGCGAGGGGAAACUAAAGACAGGCACAGUCCGCGCAUUGACAUCGGAAACUGGUGGCCCACGUUCUCAUUUUAAUAAGAUCUCUGGCCUCUGUCUUCCGUGUCGGACGUCUGGACUGAGCUGCUGGCCUGUGGAGCAUUCUGAUCUGCGGGAACACCGGGCACAGUACAGUUUCUCACUGGGUUUUCCCUCGCUAGCAGGGCACCCUUCAUCCCAACAUGACUGUCUCCCUAGAACCGGUGAUUCUGGUAAAGACAACGUGCUCGGAUACAACAAAGGGACGUCUGUGGGGGCGUCUGCCGGCACACCAGACCCCGGUCGCCUCGUGGUGUUGCGAUUUCUUACGGCAUGGGAGGUGAGGCCUCAAUAG